CAGCUGCCUUUUGAAAACAACAUCACCCCCCCCAGGCGCCACUCAUUCUUGCAACCCGACCACAACCACAUCUCCCUACGGUCUCCAUAAGCCGAAAAAGUGCGUACCAUCCUCGUUCUCCGGUCGCUUUUCCUCGACGAUUUCACUCUCGGCUUCUACAAAAGCCCCUCCUUUGCGUCGCAAAGCUAACGUGGGCUUCCCAGACUUGAUUUCCUCGACCUAUUAAUAAACACAUCAACCACACAACAUGGCGGCUCCUCAAGAGAUCCCGACCUUCAAGCUGGUCCUUGUCGGCGAUGGUGGUACCGGCAAGACCACCUUCGUCAAGCGCCACUUGACUGGUGAAUUCGAGAAGAAGUACAUGGCCACCUUGGGUGUUGAGGUUCACCCUCUCGGUUUCAGCACCAACUUCGGUCAGAUCCAGUUCGAUGUGUGGGACACUGCGGGCCAGGAGAAGUUCGGCGGUCUCCGUGACGGCUACUACAUCAACGGCCAAUGCGGCAUCAUCAUGUUCGAUGUCACUUCCCGCAUCACCUACAAGAACGUCCCCAACUGGCACCGUGACCUCGUCCGUGUCUGCGAGAAUGUCCCCAUCGUUCUCUGCGGCAACAAGGUCGAUGUCAAGGAGCGUAAGGUGAAGGCCAAGACCAUCACCUUCCACCGCAAGAAGAACCUGCAGUACUACGAUAUCUCGGCCAAGUCCAACUACAACUUCGAGAAGCCCUUCCUCUGGCUCGCCCGCAAGCUUGUUGGCAACGCUAGUCUGGACUUCGUUGCCGCCCCUGCCCUGGCCCCCGCCACAGCGGAGGUCAACGCAGAACUUCAGAAACAGUAUGAGCAGGAGCUCGCAUUGGCGGCCCAGGCCCCCCUGCCCGACGAUGAUGAUGACAUUUGAGCGGCUCCGGACGGGAUAGCUCGGUCGGGUACACUAGGGGUGGUUUAGGAUUGGUAAUGCCCGUUAUGAAAGGAUAAGACGCAUCUUCCGAGGCACGCGCAGAUGGCAUUACAGGCAUUUGGGACGGGCAUCGGGGGAAUCACGUUUGGUAUUGGCGGAUGAGGGACGACAUCAACUCGGGAUCUCGAUGGAGGGAUUGGAGCGGCGGCCGGCAUGAUUUUCUUUGGUUUGGUUGACCCCAGAAGCAACUCAACCAAAUACGCAAGCUUAGAUCUGAACAACAUUGCUGCAUAAAUUGCGGCGCUAGGUAGAUCAAUAUGAGACGUCAGUCUCGCAAAAGCAGCUCCAGCUCG